AGAGAAACGGACGCCGUUCUCUCCCGCGGAAUUCAGGUUUACGGCCCUGUGGGUUCUCAGAGGCAAGUUCGGACCGUGUUGUUUUCUUCUCACGGAUCCUGCCCUUUCUUCCUGGAAAGAAGACAGCCUUGGGUCCCUAUUGUGGGGCUUUGAAGAGUCCAGGAGUGGGAAUUUGGAAUCGAGUGCAUUUUCUGACAUUUGAGUACAGUACCGAGGGGUUCUUUGGAGAAGAACCUGGUCCCAGAGGAGCUUGACUGACCUUAAAAAUGAGUACUGCAGAUGCACUUGAUGAUGAAAACACAUUUAAAAUCUUAGUUGCAACAGAUAUUCAUCUUGGAUUUAUGGAGAAAGAUGCAGUCAGAGGAAACGAUACGUUUGUAACACUCGAUGAAAUUUUAAGACUUGCCCAGGAAAAUGAAGUGGAUUUUAUUUUGUUAGGCGGUGAUCUUUUUCAUGAAAAUAAGCCCUCAAGGAAAACGUUACAUACCUGCCUCGAGUUAUUAAGAAAAUAUUGUAUGGGUGAUAGGCCUGUCCAGUUUGAAAUUCUCAGUGAUCAGUCAGUCAACUUUGGUUUUAGUAAGUUUCCAUGGGUGAACUAUCAAGAUGGCAACCUCAACAUUUCAAUUCCAGUGUUUAGUAUUCAUGGCAAUCAUGACGAUCCCACGGGGGCAGAUGCACUUUGCGCCCUGGACAUUUUAAGUUGUGCUGGAUUUUUAAAUCACUUUGGACGUUCAAUGUCUGUAGAGAAGAUAGACAUUAGUCCAGUUUUGCUUCAAAAAGGAAGCACAAAGAUUGCGCUAUAUGGUUUAGGAUCCAUUCCAGAUGAAAGGCUCUAUCGAAUGUUUGUCAAUAAAAAAGUAACAAUGUUGAGACCAAAAGAAGAUGAGAACUCUUGGUUUAACUUAUUUGUGAUUCAUCAGAACAGGAGUAAACAUGGAAGUACUAACUUCAUUCCAGAACAAUUUUUGGAUGACUUCAUUGAUCUUGUUAUCUGGGGCCAUGAACAUGAGUGUAAAAUAGCGCCAACCAAAAAUGAACAACAGCUGUUUUAUAUCUCACAACCGGGAAGCUCAGUGGUUACUUCUCUUUCCCCAGGAGAAGCUGUAAAGAAACAUGUUGGUUUGCUGCGUAUUAAAGGGAGGAAGAUGAAUAUGCAGAAAAUUCCUCUUCACACAGUGCGGCAGUUUUUCAUGGAGGAUAUUGUUCUGGCUAAUCAUCCAGAUAUUUUUAACCCAGAUAAUCCUAAAGUAACCCAAGCCAUACAAAGCUUCUGUUUGGAGAAGAUUGAAGAAAUGCUUGAAAAUGCUGAACGGGAACGUCUGGGUAAUUCUCGCCAGCCAGAGAAGCCUCUUGUACGACUGCGAGUGGACUAUAGUGGAGGCUUUGAACCUUUCAGUGUUCUUCGCUUUAGCCAGAAAUUUGUGGAUCGGGUAGCUAAUCCAAAAGACAUUAUCCAUUUUUUCAGGCAUAGAGAACAAAAGGAAAAAACAGGAGAAGAGAUAAACUUCGGGAAACUUAUCACAAAACCUUCAGAAGGAACAACUUUAAGGGUAGAAGAUCUUGUAAAACAGUAUUUUCAAACUGCAGAGAAGAAUGUGCAGCUCUCACUACUAACAGAAAGAGGGAUGGGUGAAGCAGUACAAGAAUUUGUGGACAAGGAGGAGAAAGAUGCCAUUGAGGAACUAGUGAAAUACCAGUUGGAAAAAACACAGCGAUUUCUUAAAGAACGUCAUAUUGAUGCCCUAGAGGACAAAAUCGAUGAGGAGGUACGUCGUUUCAGAGAAAGCAGACAAAAAAAUACUAAUGAAGAAGAUGAUGAAGUCCGUGAGGCGAUGACCAGGGCCAGAGCGCUCAGAUCUCAGUCAGAGGAGUCUGCUUCUGCCUUUAGUGCUGAUGACCUUAUGAGUAUAGAUUUAGCAGAACAGAUGGCUAAUGACUCUGAUGAUAGCAUCUCAGCAGCAACCAACAAAGGAAGAGGCCGAGGAAGAGGUCGAAGAGGCGGAAGAGGGCAGAAUUCAGCAUCAAGAGGAGGGUCUCAAAGAGGAAGAGCAGACACUGGUCUGGAGACUUCUACGCGUAGCAGGAACUCAAAGACUGCUGUGUCAGCAUCUAGAAAUAUGUCUAUUAUAGAUGCCUUUAAAUCUACAAGACAGCAGCCUUCCCGAAAUGUCACUACUAAGAAUUAUUCAGAGGUGAUUGAGGUAGAUGAAUCAGAUGAGGAAGAAGACAUUUUUCCUACCACUUCAAAGACAGAUCAAAGGUGGUCCAGCACAUCAUCCAGCAAAAUCAUGUCCCAGAGCCAAGUAUCAAAAGGGGUUGAUUUUGAAUCAAGUGAGGAUGACGAUGAUGAUCCUUUUAUGAACACUAGUUCUUUAAGAAGAAACAGAAGAUAAUACAUUUAAUGGCACUGAGAAACAUGCAAGAUAACAGGAGAAAUCAAAAUGUUACAAGCUAAGAGUUUACAGUUUAAGAUUUUAAGUAUUGUUUCCUGAGCAUGACUCCAUAAGUAAGAAAGUUCUAGCUCAAGGACAUAAACAAUAACAUUGAUUCACCUUGUUUUUUUAACCUGGUUGUUAUAGUAAGAGCUUUGUUUCAGUAUCAUUCUUGAGUAAAGAUUAAAAUAAAGCUACCAUUUUACAUUUCUGCUUCAUGAUCAAAAACUAUGUCAGUAUUUUAAUAUGGUUACAUUUAACCAAAGUUGAGGGAAAGAGCUUAUAAAAUUUAACUUCUUCGUAAUUUUAGUAAUUUCUUAGAGGUUCCAGGUUUCCUGAAAGUAAAACAAUUUAUGUGAACCUGUGCCUAAAUUCACUGUUUGUUACUAUGUAUGUUUUUUCCUAAUGCUUCUUAAAAGACUACCUAUUAGUUUGAACAGAUAUGUUCUUAUUUAAAAGAGUAGAAUAACCUGUCAGAAUUAUUGAGUUUUUUAUUCCAGUUGUAGCAAAGAUUUCAAAAGAUUAUGUUCCCAUUAAGUGGUAGUAAUUUCCUUUAUUAUUCUGUAUCCUUAAUGGUGUUCUCUCUCUCCUCCCCCCCCCCAUUUCCCCCUCUCCCUUUCUCCCUUUCUUUUUCUUCUCUUUCAUACAUAUGUGUGUGCCCAUUUCUAGGAGGAAAAGGGUUAAAAAUUGUUUUAAACUACAUCCUGAAAAUAUUAAAGAAUUUGUUUUAGGUAGCGUGGUCAGCUGAACCUUACAGUAAAGUAUAGAAAUGUAUUUAAUGUGGAAUGUCAAUUCCAGGAUUUCUCAUUAACAAUAUUUUAUCUUAACUUUGGUUCCUGUGAAACAUUUCUGAAUGGGUAAUUCCAGAUAUCUUAUUAGCUCAUGUUAAGUUUCUGUUUUUUACUUGUUUUCAGGGAGAGAUAAGAAUUAGACAUCUUCAGAUUUAAGUUAAAUAAUCCCAAUCUUCUUUAUAAUACUCUGUAAAAAGAUCCCUGAGAUUAUUCCUUCUUUUAGUCAUAUGCAACAGCUUUACUUUAAAAUUCUCUAAGGAAGUUAUAGAUCUUGGGAGUACAACAGCCCGACAUUUCUUCAUAGGUAGAAACAAAUACUUGACUCAUUGAUACUCAUGACCAUUAGAAUAGUCAUACCUGGAAUGUGUCAAAUUAUAAGAGACAGACGUUUGGUUAGUGGCUGCCUCAUAUAGCACUUUUGAAGAGGCCUAAGUCAAAACUUGCAAUAUAACAUUCUAUUGACUUUCUUAAAAAUAUUUUUUCUGUACCUAACUUGAGCAUAAGGGUUAUUUGCGCAAGUACCAUUAACUUAGUGGAAGGCAUUGUCCUGUGAAAUAUUCUCAGGCAGAUCUGCCCACAUCUUUAUUGCACUUGAAAUUUAAUAUUUCUAGUAUUUGAACAAAGCGGAGGGUUAAGUCAGGGGAGAGCAGUGCUGUCCAUGAGGGAAUGGAAGCUACCAGGGCAGGCAGUGUCUGGGUGAUGCCGUGCUACCUACGCCUGCACAAGCCAUGCUGGCUCAGACUGAGCUGUCGGCCACAUCAGCUAGUGGCUCUUCUCAUGCAUCAGUUAGGGGGGUCUGGAUGAGAGUAAUAGUGAGGGAAUGGUCACUAAAGUAUCCUGACAAGUUCCUAGGAAAAAAGGAAUAAGACUUUUUUCCUUUAAAAAAAAAAAAAAAUGCUCUUGGCUGUGAAAAGAGGUACUAAAUGUGAUUCACUUCACCACUAAGGAAAGUGAUGCCAUAGCAGUUACAGAGGGUGAAAAAUCUCUCCAACUAAUUCAGGUCAUUUUGUGAAUAGUAUGUAUCAAGCCCUGAAAAUAUGGUAAAUAAAACGUGACAGGGAAACCUUUCUUUGAUUGAAUAUUGUUACAUAGUUAAAUGUGCUAUAUAUCCUUAAUAUUUUAUAUUGAUGCUGCAAAUCAGUUGGUUUUGGAGGAGUUUCAUUUUUUGUUUCUGACAAUUUUCAGACCUGUUGGUAUAGGAGUGUAGAGGUCUUUCAGAUGAUUUGAAAGCGGCUGCAUUUGCUCUUGGAGGCUCUGGGAGAGCAGGAAUGAAAAUAUUCAGAGGAAAACAUCUGUAGGGAAUUCUUCUGUUGCUUACCAAAGAAUAAAUAUCUUUCUGAUGUUUUGUUUCCUGUCAUAAAAAUACAACAGUGCAUUUACAAGGUUAAAGAUUCCUCGAAGUUCUAGGAAAUUCUAGAAAAUAUAAGUGGUGCUUAGAAAAUUCAAGCAUUUAGGAAUGUGACCUUUUAAUUCAGGUACGUGAAAGACUUUUUUCCCCAAACUUUUAAAAGUAGGAAAUACAAUAAAUACAGAAAAGUCAUAUGGUUGAAUAAAUAAUUAUAAAGUGAGCACUGAUGGAAUCCCUAUACAGGUCAAGAAAUAGCGCACUGUCCUGGACCCCCAAUAUAUUGUUUUCUCCUUUCUGGGUAACCAGCCCUGACUUCUGUAAUUUAAAAGCUCCUACUUUUGCCACAAGGUGGUGCUUCUGCUAUUAGAUGCAGUUAGGAGGAUGCAACUGCAAAUCUAAAAUUAGGAAGUUAGUGUAGUUGCAAUAAACUUAGAACAUAUGCAUUAAUACUAAACCUAUACAGUAAUACCAUAAUUAGCCUUCUAAUCAUGUAAAUUGCUUUACUUAGGUAUUUCAUUUGGUUUAGCCUGUUAUGGAAUUUACCAGCUUGAUAAAUUUUGCAUAUCAAGGUUUAUAAAGAAAAGGAAUAUUUUAUGUUUUCAUAAAGAGAAAAAUCCAUUCUUAGAAAAAAACUGAGUUAAAAAGUAUCUCAUUGGGCUGGGCAUGGUGGCUCACGCCUUUAAUCCCAGCACUUUGGGAGGCCAAGGUGGGUAGAUCACCUGAGGUCAGGAGUUCGAGACCAGCCUGACCAACAUGGUGAAACCUCGUCUCUACUAAAAAUACAAAAAAUUAGCCAGGCAUGGUGGCAUGUGCCUGUAAUCCUAGCUACUCAGGAGGCUGAGGCAGGAGAAUCGCUUGAACCCAGGAGGCGGAGGUUGCAGUGAACCAAGAUUGCGCCAUUGCACUCCAGCCUGGGCAACAAGAGCGAAACUCAAUCUCAAAAAAAAAAAAAAUCUCAAUGUAAAAUAUCUUAUUUGGAAAUACAGAAUUUAAAAGCAACUUUCCCCCAAAGUAAUCUGAUGUCCUUUUUGUAUCUGUCAUAUAUUUAAUUCAUAGUAUUUUGUGUUUUUUUUAAAGCUAACUACCACUAAGAUCAUUAUAGAAGUUUGGUGUAAUAAAGAUUUGGGUUUUUCAGCCCAGUGAGUUUCCAUAUUCUUGAAUGAAAAAGAUCCACAUUUCAUCAUUUGCCUGUUUCAUUUUGUUUUAGUACUUUUGAACUUAGUUUGGUCAGAAAAUACUAGAAUUUUAGUGUGAUCUAAAGAACCAGCUUACAUAACUUGCUACUGCAAUGUACAUUUUUGUAUGUUUUUGGUGUGUCAGAUAACUGGAUCUGAUUUUAGCUCUUUUUAAGUGGUAAAAACAAUGCAUUUUUAUUCUUCAAAUUCAGACAUUGAAUAUAUAUUAAAAUGUGUAUGCUUACCUGUCAUCUUCUCCCUAUCAACAAUUAGGAACAUGUUUCUCCAAUUACUGUUGGCACGACUACCAAGAAAAAUUGUUGAAUUAGAACCCCAGCGCCGGGCAUGGUGGCUCAUGCCUGUGAUCCUAGCACUUUGGGAGGCCAAGGCAGGCGGAUCAUCUGUCAGGAGUUCAAGACCAGCCUGGCCAACAUGGUGAAACCCCAACUCUACUAAAAAGACAAAAAUUAGCCAGGCAUGGUGGUGGGUGCCUAUAAUCCCAACUACUCAGGAGGCUGAGGCAGGAGAAUCACUUGAACCUGAAGUUGGAGGUUGCAGUGAGCCAGUAUCACGCCAUUGCACUCCAACCUGAGCGACAGAGCAAGACUCUGUCUCAGUCAGUCAGUCAAUCAACAAGAACCCCAGAUUGUAUAGCUAUAUAUUUUAGUCCCCUUAUCAAAGUAUAUGUUCUCCUUGGUACUUAUUUUGAUAUUCUGAUUUUUCUACAUAUGCUUUAUCAACCUCUUAAUUAAACAUUCUUUGUCUAUUUUGAGAGAUAACUGCACUGCUUCCCAUUGUGUGUUUUAAAUGUUGUUGUUCAGUUUGAGUCAAAUAAAAGGAUAUUUAAUCUGUGGUGCCUUGA